GACCAUUGCACAAACACAGGACUUCAUGCUCGCUUUACAAAGAACCAUUUCUACGUGUCACCGCCUCUUCUGGCCGAGAAAUUGUCAUGAAUAAGAAGGGAAUACGCAAAGUGCCCAUCGGUAGCUCAGUCCUCCCUACCCCCCCUGAGAAGGACGGCCGAGUGCACUGGGGUCACGACGAUGUUCUCAGUCUCAUCAACAAGGUCAAGGACCACUGGCCGCAGUUCUGCAAUGGCGUGCGCAAGAAGAAGUACAUUUGGAAGGACAUUGCGACACAGGUGACCCAUGACGGCUUUCCUGUAACGGGGGAUGACUGCGACAGGAAGUGGAGGAAUCUGAAGAUCCGAUACCUGGCGGUACUGGACAGGCAGAUGUCUGGCGAGAAGACGGGACACAGGAUUGACUAUUUCGACAACAUGCAUGAAUUUCUCAAAGACGAUGCUGAUACUCAGGCCUAUUUUGAAAAUCGACGGGCACAGCAUACUAUACAUGAAUUCAAGACUCACAAUGAUACAGAAGAUGAGGAUUUUUCAGAUAUAACUUCAGAUGGUCCAAUGGAGUGGAGUGAUGCCGCUGUGCAGAUGCUGCUCGAUCUUUUACUGGAGUUUAGAGAUUGGUUCACAGAUAGAGAGACAGACCGUGAUGACAACACAAUCUGGGAGACUGUUUCAGAACAGAUGAAACUGGAGGGUCACCAAGCAGGAGCAUUACAGUGCAAGCGGAAAUGGGCAAAUUUAGCUCAGGGCUUCCAGCAUCACAAGGCUGCUGUGGAGGCAACUGGAACACUGCCUUUGUGGCCUUUCUACACCAGAGUUAGACAUGUGAUGAAGGUUGUGGGCAUGCCGAUACCAGCGGACUUAGACGGGACAAAUUCACUGAAGCGCCGGGGGAAAAUGUUGCGCAGCAGUCCGAAAAAGAAGAAGCAGAGAUUCUUCAAGCAAGAAGUGGAGGACAUAGAUGACGACUAUACAGAUGAGCCCAGUGAGGAGAUGCUUGAGAUGAGAGAACCCCCCAUCCCUUCUUCCAUGGCCGGUGGGUCUGCCAGGUCGCCCAACCUCCUGGAUGGUGCUGUUACCCCAGGGGAGCUGCAAGAAGUUUGCCUCAGACUAGAGCGCCUGGAGGAAAACCUUGCCAUAAGCAGACGACUCGAACGCCUGGAGGCCCGCCUGGAUGAUGCAUCACAGCAACGCGAGGCGCAGCACCAAACGAACGCCCUGCUCUCCCAAGUCUUGUCAGAAAUUAGUCGAUUAAGCCGUACCUUAACGAACCGAUUCAGCAGUCAGGCGACAGUACAAGAAUCCACUGACUUAGGGUCGGGGAUCACCAUCGUUGUGCCACAUUCGCAACACCUUGAAUGAUAGUAGAAUUUGAAGGAGAAAUGUUACAUUACUCGCUCAUUUCCCAGAUUGUGAUAUAUUUUCAUUCUAGAAGGAUUCAUUAUUUUUUAUCAAACUUGUUCCUCAUAUAGCAGAUUUAUUCCUAUUCUUUCAUGUAUGUACUACAGAUGGAUUGUUGAUAAAGAGUAUAAUAAAACCUCAAAAAGUUUUAUAAACAUAUUUCUGUGUACCAUGAAUUUUGUUUAUCCCCAAAAUAUUAACUGUUAUGUUGAUAAUUAUAUAAUACCUGAUGUUCCUAUAUAUUGUGAUUGUGUGUAGGAUUUCCUUUUUCAUAUGUAAUACUGAAGUGUGUCUUAACUCUAUAGUGAUAUUUGAACUUUCUAAGGAGAAACAACACAGCCUGUUGAGAUAUCAGGUAUAUUGUUAUGUAAAAUGCCAAAAGUAUUUUCAGAUCAUGAAUAUGCAAGAACAUGCCUGUGUGGGUGAUAUGUAUGUAUAGAUGUCUGUAUGGUUGUAUAUGAAGAUGUGUAUUGAUAUAAAUAUGAUUGUUAUGAAGGCUAUGCAACAAUAAAUAGUAACUUGUACAUGUAUAUACAUUUAUUGGAUAUAUGUCACAAGAAAGACCUUACUUUUUCUCUUUAAUUAGACAUUUUCGUAUGCCUGAACAUACCUCUUUCUGUUGAAGUUUUAUUUCUCUGAAGACCAUGCUUGAUAUUUUUUUGUUACAUUUAGCUUGUAGCUUAGGAAGUAAUCUUUUGUACAUUAUAUUUUCUAUGGAUGCAUCAUUUCUAUAUCACCAAGACAUUUUUUUUUUUUUUGCUUUGUACUGGAAUUUUCAAGAAUGUUUAAGUAUGGGCUUUCUAAUAGUACUUUAAAUUUCUAAUUAUUUGUCCAAAGUCCAAAGCAGGAAGAUACAAUAUUUUAUUCAUUUGCAAAGACCUGCAAUUUUAAUUGUUAACCUUGAGAUUUGUAUUUUCAUUCAAUUCUGCAUACAAGUUUUCUGACUAUUUUUAACCCAUUGCUGCCGGGGAAAAUGAACAAAAAAUGGGGAAAAUGCCGUGCCUAUUUUCUAUAUUUUUUUUGUGAAAUGUCUGCCCAUAGAUGGCUCUGUUAGUGCCUGAUUUGAAACGGUGGUAAAAAUGUAUUUUUCACUGGUGCCAUGAAUAUUGGUGUUAUUUUUAUUAUAAAUAUUAUAAUUAUUAUAGUGUUUUUUUAACAUUAGUAACAGCAAAAUAAGAAUGUAAAAUAUUCUGUAAAUCAAAGAAAAGGGUAAAUGGGAGAGACAGGUGAUUUAAUACAAGUGUAGCCAUCUAUGUGUUAAAACAAUCAAACAAGUAAUCUCUCAGUGGGCAGGGCAUGGCAUGCCCAUAGGCAAUGGGUUAAAAUUUGCUUUUUUCCCAGCAAAUUAUCUUGACUUUUUUUCUAAUUUAAAGAUUUUUCCCUUUAAUUCUUGUGCAAAUCAAAAUCAAAAGUAUCUUUACAUGUGUUUUAUUCAUAUAAGAUAUGACAAAAUGGAGUGUCACAGGCAGUGCAACAACCAUAAAUAUCUAAAUCUAUCAAUUUACAAAAACAUUCUGCUGUACAAACACACAAAAAACAUAACAUAUAGGAAUCAAGUUUUUGGAAACAACAUACAGUUUGCAAGAACUCCCCCCCCCUCCUUGUUAGCGGGAGGAGCUGCUUGUCUACGUGCUUUUGCAUAAAUGAAGCAACCAAGGAGUUUCUCUUUACAAGGUGCCACUACAUUUAUACUCCUAAUAUCCCAUCAUGGAGAACAGGUAACUGACGAGGAAAAACUUUUAAAAGCACGUGAAAUAUACAUAUAGUGCACUUCAGCUUGAAUAAAAAGAGAGAGAAAAAAAAGAA